AUGAUGAAAUAUAACAUAUGGGUACUUUUUACCAUAACUUUUGUUAUCCCAGCACUUUCCCUAGAAGUAGAUGCUUAUAAGAAUGUCUUUAUUUCUUCAAAUGGCAAUGUUGAAGUUGAUAAUCCAAAACUAUCUAGUAUACAUCUUAUAAGAAGUAAUCAAUUAGAUGAUCAACUAAAAUUUUGGGAUUCAAAGAACAUUCACUUUUCUAUAGAUAGUAAAGAUCUAAUACAUUUACCUGCAUCUUUAAGAUCUGGAUCAUCUUUAGAUAAUUCAAAUAGGGGUUCAUUUGUUAUUUAUGAUACAAAUGAUUAUCCAUUUGCUUGCCUCUGUGAUAAACAAGAGUAUGAACAUUGGAAAGAGUCUGGAAACUCUAGUGCCAAAGUCCAAUGUGCCAACUAUAUUAGUACUUCAAUCUUCAAUCAGCAAGAUCUGUCAUAUUGUGAUCCUACCAAUAUUGCAGCAUCGGAUAAUUUAAAUUACUAUUAA